AUGGAUAAAACACCCGCUACAUUAGAUGGAAAAUUUUUUGAAGUUGUAACUGUUGAGAAUGAAAUUGUGAAAGCAAUAUGUAUAAUAUGUAAAGAACAGAAGAAUGAAAAAAAACAAUAUCUGAUUCUUUUAAACACACUUCAAAUUUUCGUACUCAUAUGAAGGCAAGUUUUAAUUUUUGUAGUUAUUACAAUAUAUAUUAUUAAUUAAAAGGGAAUGGAAUUAUGAUUUAAUUUUCUACUUUUCAGAGGGUUCAUUUUACUAAAUUUGAAGAAUUUGAAAAUUAUGUGAAGACGAAUACUCAAAAGAAAAAUAAUAAAAGUAUGACAAAUUCUAAACAAUUUAUUCCCAACUAACAGCAGAAGAUUGAAGCAAACCCAAUAUGAAAAUAAUUUGGUUAAUUAUAUUGUUAACAAUAUGAAACCCCUAUCCAUAAUUGAAAAUAAAGAUUUUCAAAAACAUAUUUUGGGUAAGUACCUAUUUAUGAUUAUUUAUAAAAUACACAAAUUCUAUUUAAUUCAAUUUCAAAUAAUAUACUUAUUCAGAUUUAGAUUCAAAUAUAAAAAUUAUAUCUAGGAGAACGGUUGGUAGACGUAUAAAUCACAAAUAUAACAAUAUUUCAAAUAAUUUAAAAUUAUUUUUUCAAAUACAUUCUGAAGUCCACGUUUGAACAACUGCUGACAUUUGGUUGACAAAAUAUCGCAGUUUUAUAGGCAUUACAGCUCACUGGGUAAAAUUGAUUAUUUUUUAGCCUAUAGCAGCUAUAGGCAUUACUAUUUUCAGUUCGAUGACAAAACAUUAGACCGUCAUAGUUGUGUUCUAGCUAACCAACGAUUUUUUGGUGCACAUACAUUUGAUAAAAUUGGAGAAAUUAUGGUAGAUAUAUUUAGCAAAUUUCAUUUAAGUAAUGAUAACAUAGUUUCUACAGUAAUAGAUAAUGGGUACAACUUUGUAAAAUCAUUAAAGGAGUUUGGUUGUAAAAUAAAGACAUCAAACACUGAUUCAGACCCAGAGGUAUAUAUUAUACAUAAAUUAUUUUAUAAUGCUUAAUUUUAUAACGGGUCAAUAUAUUUAGAUAUGGACAAAGAUCUUAACGGAUACUAUGAGUUAUCAUUUUUGGUUAUUGAUGGAAAUGAAGAUGGAAACAUCUUAUUACCAGUACUACAUUUAUGUUGUGCAUCACAUACACUUAGUCCAGGGGUCGGCAACCUUUUUUGACGGAAUAGCCAAAAAUUACAAUGUACAAAAUUUUCCAGAUUUUAAAGAGCCACUAAAAAUUUUCUUAAGUAUUUAAAUAUAAUUUUAUUUUUAAAUUUUAAUAGACAUAAUAAUAAUGAAAUUAAUUAUAAUAAUAUAAUAAAUUUAUGAUAAAAAAAAAAAAAACAGUUUUUAAUAAUAGGGGAAUACAUCAAUGGGAGCAUUAGCUUUGCAUGUCUUGGCAUGACAGUAUGACCAAUUAGUUGUAGAUAGCGUCGCGAUUAUAUUAGACUCUAUAAAAAACAUUUUACAACUAUAGACUGUACUCCAUGCGGGCACUGUCAAAUUAUUUUUGUGAUGUGUUAUUUCAUAUUUCCAAAAGCAACAAAAAUAAUAUACUUUUUUUUUAUAUUAUAAAAUAUUGUUUUUGAACUAAAAUAUUAAUUUUUGUGUGUGCAGCUGGAGAGCCGCAACUUAAGACCGAAAGAGCCGCAUGUGGCUCGCGAGCUGCAUGUUGCCGACCCCUGACUUAGUCUAUUAGUGACAACAGAUUUCCAGAAUAUAUUAAAAAGUUAAAAUGCCAAAAAGUACUAUCAUCCAGCAUUAUCAAAUAUUUGACCUUAUGGAAUUUGUCACGAAAACCUAAAUCAUCAUAAGUUAUUAGUAAUAUAAUUAAUUGUUCUUUAAAAUAUCCUGUUCUUACAAGAUGGAAUUCAUUAUAUGAUUCCAUAUCACAAUUAAUUGAACAUGAAUCAAAAUUAAAUACCUUGACUAAAGAAUCAAGUUUAAAGUAUCAAUUUAGUGAAACUGACAUAAGUUAUUUGUCUGAAUUUGUUUUAGUAAUGAAACCAAUCGCUUGUGCUCAGGAUCAUCUACAAACUGAAUCAAAUUUUUACUAUAGCUAUUUAAUUCCUACUUUAUUUUCAUUAAACAGUCGAUUGCAAUUAUUUAAGGAACAACAAUUGCUUUAUACUUUCAACUUUAUCGAUCCAUUAAUAACCUCGUUAGAAAAAUGAUUCAAACUAUAUUUUGAUCUCUCCCCUGAAGUUGAUGAAACUGUAUUGGCAUCUUGUUUUCAUCCUACUUUUAAAUUAAUAUGGAUUCCUGAACACAAUGAAAUUAUGAAAAAUAGAGUUAAAAAUCUUUGUAUCAACACUGCUGAAAAAUAUAUAGUGAAUUCUUCUCACACUGAGUCAUCAGUAGAUAAUAUAGAUGAUGAGGAAUUUUUAAUAUUUUCUUCUCAGGAACAGUGUUUUGAUUCUAGGGCUAAUUUAGAAGUAGUUCAGUUUUUUAACAAUAAAAAUAAGGCAUUAACAUGUUUAGACAGUUAUCCUAUUGUAAAAAUAUUAUUCACCAGAUAA